GGACGCUUCAACACAGAACAGCCAGAGUGGAAGAAACACAACAAAAGAUGAAAGAUAGAAGAAAUGAUGAGAUGGAAGAGAACAAUGACAACACAGCUGAUGGAGGCGAAGGAGAAUCUAAAACUGGUUGUUCAUUUAUAUUCUGCUGUACCUCAAGAUACUCUCCAGUCAAUUGCGAUGAAGUCAUCAGCAAGUUUGAUUGUCAUGAAGAUCAGCAUGCAGAAAAGACUGAUAAAGCCACAGGAGGGGGAACUGAAACUAAAGCUGCAUCAACUGACAGCAAAGAAAAAAUAGAAGAGGUACAGAAUGCACCUAAAAAGUUCAAUACAUUGAAAGAACCUGGUGGAGCUGAACACUCAGAGAAGACUGAUGGCAUCACAAAUGGAGAAUCUGAAAUCAAGUCUUCAUCAUCUGAAACCAAGGAGAAUGAAGAGCUGGAGGAAGAGCCUGACAUCAAGUUCAGUGAAUUGAAUGAACCUGGUGGAGCUGAAUGCUCGGAGAAGACUGAUGACAGCACAAAGGGAAAAUCUGAAAUCAAGUCUUUAUCAUCUGAAACUGAGGAAACAAAAGAGAUGCAGAAAACACCUGAGAUCAAGGGAAAGCUUGAUGUAUCAAGUGAACCUGGUGGAGCAGAACACUCAGAGAACACUGAUGACAGCACAGAAAGAGAAUUUGAAAUCAAGUCUUCAUCAUCUGAACCCAAGGAGAAAGUAGAAGAGCUGGAGGAAGCACCUGACAUCAAGUUAAGUGAAUUGAAUGAACCUGGUGGACCUGAACACUCAAAUAAGACUGAUGACAGAACAAAUGGAGAAUCUGAAAUCAAGUCUUCAUCAUCUGAAACCGAGGAGAAUGAAGAGAACAACAGCAAGAAACACAGGCAAACAGAAACCGAAACACUGCUCAGAAGACUUCACCUUCAAGACCAACAGGAGUUGUCAGCAGCAGACUUUCUCAAAACAGGUCCACUAGUUCAAAUGACUAGAGAUAUACUGGAAGCAGAUGUAGCUCAGAAUUUCCUUCAGAGGUUAAUGAUGUUAGACUACAGCGCCAGAUAUAUUCAUUUAAGUCAAGAUGGUACUGAUGUGAAAGAUUCACAGGCUGUUGAAAUGGAUGACAAUGACUUAGAUGCUCUCUUUAGCACCACUGUAGACGUGGGCCAAUCAAAACAAACCAACGUGCAUCCAAUGGAUGUUCAAAUGGCAGUAUUUCACUGCUCAGACAGUUUCCUUAAGCAGAACAUGAUUACAAAGUUAUCACAGUGUCAGUACGCCUUGCCUUUCCUUGUUCCUAACCCAGAGACCGCAACAAUAGAAUGUCCUCUGUGGACAUUUAGACAAAUAAUCAAAACAUGGAAGACAACUCAAGUCAAAGAUAAUUCAAAACUUGUCACCAUGAAGAGUAUGCCCAUCUGCAACGCUGAGACACACAUGGUGUCAUUUUUCCGCCUGGGUUCAUUAUCUGAGUCGAAAUCACAGCUCAUGAACUCUUUGAUCAACGACCGUCACAACACCUUCUUCCACAGAAACUGUCCAGGCAGCACCAAAUCUCGUCAUCUGAUGGACGGUGUGGUAGAGAUUGCCUGGUACUGCCCUGCAGGAAAACCCAAUGAUCCCUUCACUGACUGCACUGCCUUCUGUAAUCUUCAUGGUGAUGCUCUGAUGAUUGAAAAACAAACUAAAAUACUGACUGAAACUUCUUCAGUCAAUGUAGUUCUUGUACCAACUUUAAAAAAAAGCCACAGAAGUGCAACAACUAUCUCAGAUCUUUACAAGUCUCAGAAGCCUCUCAUUAUUCUCAUUGCUGACAAUGAUUGUGAUGCAGUUCAGGUGAAACCAGGAAAGUACAAAAUGGGUCUGAAAGACAGAAGUCAGUCAGAUGUUUCAAAAACCCUAAAAGGAAUUAUUGGAAAGAUUUUGUCUCGACUACAAACCUCCUUCCGGCUCAAAUCUAUGGCCAAUGUCUCUGGAAUCAGAGUGGAUGAAGAUGACCCAGUGUGUCGAAAAGGAGAAAAGGCAGCAAUGGAAAUAUUUAAUUUGAUUCAGGGGAUGGAUAUUUCAAAGAUCAAAGAUAGAUUUCUCCCCUGUCAAGGCCAACUGUGGCACCAGUGGUCGAGAGUAAAAAAAGAACUGUAUCAUCUGAAAGGAAAUGUGGAGAAGGAAAAAAGUCAGAAAAAUCAGCAGCUGAUGAAAAUCAGAGAAGAUCAAUGCUCUGUUUCCUGUAGUGAACUGACGAAGUCAUUCACUGAAAGCCUCAUUUCUUUGUCAUCCCAGGAGAAAGAGUACUUCCUGAAAUGGACUCAGAUCUUAAUAGAUGCCCUCUGCACAGACGACCUGUCUUCAAUUCUCCAAAGCUAUGAUGAAAAAUGGUCUGAGGUCCUGGUUCUGAAGAAGAAACACCCCAAAUCUCCACUGUUAGCAGGUAAACAAGAUGAGCUUGAAACAAUAUCAAAAAAACUGCAGUCAGCAACUUUUGGUUUGGAGCAUAUGUUUAGAGAAAUGGGACAGAUCUAUGAAGCUCAUCAAGCUCUGAAGAAACCACCAAACAGUGGACAGACCAACUGGUCCAAAUACCCCAAACUGGCUGCAGAUCUGAUGAUAUCAGGACACCCUAUGGAGCUGAUGGAUGGAGAUGCAGGUCAUGUGCCUUUAACGUGGAUAUCUAGUGUUUUAGAAGAAGUCAUCAAGAAUCUGGGCGACCAGAGAGUUUUUGUGCUGUCGGUUCUCGGCGUACAAAGCAGUGGAAAAUCAACAAUGCUGAAUGCCAUGUUUGGAUUGCAGUUUGCAGUUAGUGCUGGUAGGUGCACCAAGGGUGCUUUCAUGCAGUUGGUCAAAGUGUCAGAGGAAAUACAGAAAGAUUUCAGGUUUGACUAUGUUCUUGUAGUGGACACUGAAGGACUACGUGCUCUUGAAUUGGCAGGUAACGCCACUCUUCACCAUGAUGAUGCACUGGCCACAUUUGUUGUUGGCCUGGGAAACAUGACACUGAUCAACAUCUUUGGUGAGAAUCCAGCUGAGAUGCAAGAUGUCCUGCAGAUUGUUGUCCAGGCUUUCAUGAGGAUGAAGAAAGUUAAGCUUUCUCUGAGUUGUGUGUUUGUUCACCAGAAUGUUACAGACAUUGGAGCUGCAGAGAAAAACAUGGAUGGAAAGAGACGCCUGCAAGAAAAACUGGACCAGAUGGCUCAGCUCGCUGCCAAAGAGGAGGUGUGUGAUGCUGAGUGCUUCAGUGACGUCAUUGCAUUUGAUGUGCAAGAAGAUGUAAAAUACUUUGCCCAGCUAUGGGAAGGAAGUCCACCAAUGGCUCCCCCAAAUCCUGGUUACAGUGAGAGUGUCCAAGAACUGAAGAGGAUGAUCCUCACUAAGGCUUCACAGUCUGCUGGAAUCACUCUCUCACAUUUCAAAAGCAAAAUUCAAGACCUGUGGAAUGCCCUGAUGAAUGAACAGUUUGUUUUCAGCUUCAAAAACACGCUUGAAAUUGCAGCGUACGGAAAGCUUGAGGUCCAAUAUGGGAACUGGACUUGGGCCCUUAGGAGCAGCAUGCUGACCAUUGAAAACCAACUUUACACCAAGAUUGAAAAUGCAAAACUUGAUAAUGUUGGCCUCACUUACCUUUUUAAUGAAAUGAGCAAAACAUAUGAAAAAAUCAAGAAAGACAUGAUGUUGUACUUUGAGGACAACAGAGACAAAGACAUGUUGGUUCAGUGGCGAGGCCGAUUUGAAAACAAAAUCAAGGAGUUUCAUGAGGAACAGGUGACAGAAGUGAAAAGGAAACUGGAUGACGUUAUCCAGCAAAAGAAAGCUUGUAAAAAGCUUGAUGAUAUGAAGCCAGAGUUUGAGAACAAACUGCUACAAAAGAGCAAAGAGCUUGCUCAACAGUUAAAAGACAAGGCAAAGGAUGAAGAGGAGCUUCAAAAGCAGUUCACCUCUGUUUGGACCAACUGUGUCAGUGAAUUAACUGAAGAUAUAAAACCCAUUAAAGACAUAAACCUGGAAGAAGACAAAAUUUCCAUCUUUCAAGAGCUGGGGAUUGAACAGCAUCUCAUAGAUGAAUCCAACAGCAGUGGAAGAUACAAAAAUGUAUCAAAAGCUGGGAAUUACUGUGCUUAUAUAACCUAUAAGAAGUACCAAGAACACUGUAAUGAAAUCCAACAAUCUGAGGGAGGUAAGAAAGAAACCAACACACACAAAAUCAAACAAGGGCUCAAAGCUGUAGUGGACUACGCUCGACAAAAAGUUGUAGGAACACAACAGAAUAUUCUUCCUCAUGAAGAACAGGAAAUGAUCAGAACCUUUAUUAACAACAUUGACCAACAGUCCUUUGAUGCAAUUAAGACCAAGCCUGUAGCAACAAGAGGCUACAGCCCAACUUACCUACAAGAAGUGGCCAAAAAUGUUCAAGAAAAAGUGACAGAAUUUGAAUCAGAGAGGAACUAUUCAUUCAAGAAGGAGUUUACAGUUGAUGUCUUGUUGUAUGUUUUUGAAAGGUUGGGGAGUUGGCUUUCAAAUUCUCACCAAACAUUUAAAAAGAACAAUGACGCACUCACUUACCUGAACAACAAUAAACCACAAUAUUACAAUGUUUUCAGAAGCUUCUGCAAAGGAAACUCAUCUGCUGUCGUGUUUGGAGAAAUGAUCUAUGAAAAACUGAAGGUUUCCACCGUUGAGACUGUCUGUACCAAGACCGCCAUUGAUCUCGCUGGAGAGAUGAGGUGCUCUUUCCCAGCAUUCAAUGGGAACAGGUUGGACUUGGAGAAACAUGUGCUGAAAUCACUUGCACUGAAAGAAGAUUUUGAUGAUUUCAUCAAUUACAUCCAACAUCCAAGGAGGAAAGUAGAGGCUUUUAUAAAAGAAGAAGUCAAGAAAUACGUCUCCAGAGAACACAAAGGUAAAGCUCAGAAUAUACUGAAGAAAAACAUUGAUAACAUCAGUCAGCUUGUGAGACAAGCUUUAUUUGAAGCAACAACAAAAGUCAAAACCCAGGGAGGAGGAACAGAGAUGUGGGUGAAGGAAUUUUCCUCUUUCCUCAAGGAUGAGCUGCCACUUGAUACCAUUUGUUGUAAAAACUUCAGUGACAUAAACAACUUUGACUUUCUUAAAGAAGAGAUAGAGAAAGGUCUGGUUAACAUCAUUGAGGAGAUGAAGCACCUCUCCCUGGAUAAGAUGAAGGAAUUCAGACUAAGACCUGAUCACAUCCUCAUUGAUCAGCUGUGUAAGUGCUGCUGGGUGAAGUGUCCAUUCUGUGGAGCUGUUUGCACCAACACCCUGGAAGACCACAGUCCUGAUGACCACAGUGUCCCUUUUCACCGGUCUGGUGCAAUCAAAGGUUGGCACUACAGACACACAGACAUAAUGAGUGUUGAUGUCUGCACAACAAAAGUUGCAAGUGAUGUGAGAUUUUACCCUGAUGAAACUGAAAACGCCAUUCCUUUCAAACAGUACCGAAAAGCUGGACCAAGGUUUGCUAACUGGAGAAUCACCCCAGAUGAGUCAAAGCUGAAAUACUGGACAUGGUUUGUGUGUCGAUUUCAAAAAGACCUGGAAGACUACUAUGGUUAUAAAUUUGAGGGCGAUGGUGAAAUUCCCAGCGAGUGGAAAACACACACAAAAGAAGAAGCAAUUCAGAGUCUGGAUGAAAUGUUCAAACAAUGAGUGAAACUACACAAUUACAACUCUACUGAAAGUCCUAACAAUUAUUUUCCUGUGAUUUUUCACAAAGUAAAAUCUUCUAAAAUGAUGAGCAAAUACUAAAUGUGGACAUUCAACAAAUCAUCAAAUGCUGUAGGUUAUCAGAUUAGGCUCCAGAAACCUGUUUGGCAUAAAAAAAAAAAAAAUAAAAAAAAAAACUUAUCAGGAAUGUACACAGAAAUAUACAAUGCCAACAUCAAACCAUUGUGUCAUUAACAAAGCUGUGCAGGUAGAAUUUACGGAAAUAAAAAAUACAUUGUUCUUAUUCAUAUUGAUUAAUACACAGGACGAGAUGGUACAAUCCCUUGUGCCACAAGAUAAGAUCAGUAAAUUUAUUAAAUGUCAGGACAUUAUAUUUGAUUAAUUCAAAAUAUUUGGAUUUAUUUCUUCUGUCUAGACAUCACUGCCAGAAUCAAAAUUUGAUUGAAUGUAAGGUACUUUUAAUUUUUAAUAUGUUUUAUUAAGUUUUUUUAAGAAAAUCAAAUCCACCUAUAUUUUGGUGUAUUGAGGUGGGAAGUUUUUCUUUAGUAUUAAGCAUUAACCUUGUUUUACACAUUUUCGUUUUUAUACAUAAUCUUGCAAACAAUCUAAAUAAUCUAAAUGCAAACAAUGAAAGUUAAUAUUUGUAGAAAACAUAUUCCAGUGACAACACAAAUUUUCUAAUUUUAAUGAAACAAUAUAACUAAUUCAUAUCUUCUAAAACACCUGGUUUAUUGGUGUUCUUGACAAUGUCUCAGGGUUAAAGAUGAUUUAGCAACUUUAAAUGAUUGACCAUUUUUUCCCCUAAGGAUUCAUUCAUUCAGUGAUUUGUCUUCUCACCUUCUUUCUGUAGACCACAGUGUCUUUAUGUCAUUUACUGAUUUUCAGAUUGAAGUGACAUUUUAUAGAAUCAGAAUCAAAUCAGAAUCAGAGGAAUACCGCUCAGGUCUCCGACCAGUCGACCGCAUGAGCAGUGACCCGGAACCGGAAGUAAUCAGUAAAAAUAUAACUGUGUUCUAUCAUAAUUUUCUCUAUUUUUUUAAUAUGCUUUGUAAUGAAAUGUAUUCAUUCAUGCCAUUAAUAAUAAUCAUUACAACUGUGCAUGCUAUAAAUGGUGAUAAUGAGUUACAAUAAAAUGAACACUUCCUAACCGCUGA